AUGAAGAGCCUGUGUGUAUCUUUACUCCUACUGCAGCUCCUUGGGACGUCUUUAUGUCAGUUCCCUCGCCCGUGUGCCAACUCAGAGGGACUACGGACCAAAGAGUGCUGCCCGGUGUGGGACGGUGAUGGCUCAGCCUGCGGUGCCCUGUCAGGCCGUGGGUUCUGCACUGAGGUGGUGGUCUCAGAUGAGCCCCACGGGCCCCAGUACCCACAUAGCGGGAUUGAUGACAGAGAGCAAUGGCCUUUAGCUUUCUUUAACCGGACGUGCCGUUGUGCUGGAAACUAUGGAGGUUUUAACUGUGGAGAAUGCAGGUUCGGUUACUGGGGUCCAAGCUGUGCUGAAUACAGGGAAUCAGUGCGCAGGAACAUCCUGACCCUGUCAGUUGCUGAGCAACAGAAGUUUGUCUCUUAUCUGAACCUGGCUAAAAACACCAUCAACCGUGAGUACGUUAUCUCCACAGCAACAAGAGCAGAGAUGGGUGAAAAUGGUGAGAACCCCAUGUUCUCUGACAUCAACACCUAUGACCUGUUUGUCUGGAUGCACUACUACGUCUCCCGGGACGCCUUCUUGGGAGGGCCAGGUAACGUGUGGAGAGACAUCGACUUUGCCCAUGAAUCUGCAGCCUUUCUGCCGUGGCACCGAGUCUACCUGCUGCACUGGGAGAAUGAGAUAAGGAAGCUGACGGGAGAUUUUAACUUCACCAUCCCAUACUGGGACUGGAGGGAUGCCCAGUCCUGUGAGGUGUGCACCGAUGCUCUGAUGGGUGGACGCAGUCCCCUCAAUCCCAACCUCAUCAGCCCUGCCUCUGUCUUCUCCUCAUGGAAGGUCAUCUGCACCCAGCCAGAGGAGUACAACAGCCGAGAAGCAUUGUGUAACUCUACCGGGGAGGGUCCACUGUUGCGUAACCCCGGCAACCAUGAUCCGAACCGCGUGCCUCGACUUCCCACAACAGCUGAUGUGGAAUUCACUGUGAGCCUCCCUGAGUACGAGACGGGACCCAUGGACCGAUUCGCCAACAGGAGCUUUAGAAACGUCCUAGAGGGCUUUGCCAGUCCAGAGACAGGUACGGCAGUGCCAGGCCAGAGCACCAUGCACAACGCCUUGCAUGUCUUCAUGAAUGGCUCCAUGUCCUCAGUGCAGGGUUCAGCCAAUGACCCCAUAUUCCUGCUGCACCACGCUUUCAUUGACAGCAUCUUUGAGCGCUGGCUCAGGACCCACCAACCUCUCCGGAACAUCUACCCACGUGCCAAUGCCCCCAUUGGCCACAAUGACGGUUACUACAUGGUGCCCUUCCUGCCUCUCUUUAGAAACGGAGACUAUUUCCUGUCCAACAAGGCUCUAGGAUACGAGUAUGCCUACUUGUUGGAUCCUGGUCAGAGGUUUGUGCAGGAGUUCCUGACACCCUACCUCCAGCAGGCCCAGCAGAUCUGGCAGUGGCUCUUGGGAGCUGGUAUCCUCGGGGCUCUGAUCGCUGCGAUCAUCGCUACACUGAUUGUUGUUGCAAGGAGGAAAUGGAAGCGUAACCAGAGGAGGAAGAGGGCGUCAAGCUACGGAGAGAGACAGCCACUACUGCAGAGCAGCUCAGAGGAAGGCUCAGCUUCAUAUCAGACUACUCUGUAACACACACAGAUACUGUACAUACAGAUGUUUAUGAAUGUAUAAACUAUUAGGGACACUUGGUAUUUUCAUGAGGCAAAUAAAUGAGAUGAAUCUGAGUACAAACCUUCACUUCUUAUUGAUUCCUGGUAACAGAUCUAAUUAAAUUUCAAAGUAAAAGAUGAAGGUACAGAUGAGUUAGAGAAGCAUCUUUAAAAAGUCAGUUCAACCCCAUCUUAAAAAAAAUAUUCUACCCUCAUAACAUCUAACAGAUAGUUGUGUGUGAUGUCUUUGCUUUUGAGAUUUCUGCUGCUGAGACGUUUCUACCUCAUUACAAUGGUGGUGAAGUGAAUUUCAUUUGUGUUGGUCAAAGCACUGAAGAAUUGCAGCAACAUGUCUUUACAGAAACACUGUCAGCUUUUAACAGCCUCAAAAAGGUAAAAGAAAGAAAAACCCCUUGUGAUUAUCUUGGUUUGCAGAGUUUUUCAAACAUAUUGAAAGAUUUUCUGACACUUUCAAGUUUUUAAGGCAACAGAAACACAUUUCCCUUCACUUCCAGUGUAUUUGGGUAGUGACAGAACAAACCGCUAUAGAUAUCUCAGCAAAUGAAACUUUACCAGUUUGAAUGGCUACUAGAGGGGAUUUAGGUGAACUGACUCUUUAAAGUUUGAGACAUUAUGGACAAGGAGCAAGAAGCCAAAAUCAUUAAGAUGUCCCUGAUAUUUUAUACAUUCAGUCGAUACAGGUAAGAAACAUUGUGACACACAAACUCACAGACUUUCAGAGCCAUUAAGCGUUCAUCAUUAAUACAACACAUGUCAGUGUUCAAAUGAAAAAGUUUUAAACACUACACAGUCUAUUUUCUUGCAGCUAUUUGAACUCUGACUUGCGUCGGUUUAGAGAGCUCACCUUGGAGAACAUUUGCUGUCUAUUUACACAAGCUAUUC